AUGAGCAUGGCCACGGACAUUAUGAUCUUCUGCAUUCCUCUACCAUCCGUUCUCAAGCUGCGACUUCCUACGAAGCAGAAGGCCAUGUUGUUUGGAGUCUUCUCUCUCGGCUUUUUUGUGUGCAUCAUCUCCGUCUACAGAAUGUUCACCCUCCGCACCGCCGUCUACAGCGAGGACCCUCCGUGGGAGAAUAUCGGCGCCGCGAUCUGGUCCGCCAUCGAGCUCAACACCUCCAUCAUUGCCGCCUCCCUGCCGACUCUCCGGCCCUUGCUCGCGAAGUGGCUUCCAGGAGCAGGCCUGUCGUCCGCUCACAAGAGCGGAACUAGCGCCUACCCGCGAUACGGGAGCUCAUCAGGGAUUGGCCGCAGCAACUUCAAGCAGCUAAAGAGCAACAACACUCAAAGGGAGGUUAGCACCGAGGAGCUUGUGCUCAAGGAUAUGAUAGCCAGCCAGUCGGGGGCUGUGCCUGCGGUCUACUCUCAUGUGACAGCGGAGCCGAAGACAGGGCACGUGGGCCAGGAACUCCGGGGAGACUUUAGGAACCAAAUCAUGGUGACGAGAGAGACUACCAUCAGGCAAGGUCGUUGA